CUCAAGUAACCCAUGUUAGUCUACUUUUGACUGUUACGCAGAUUGUUCGUUCGUGUCGUCCGUUUGUUUUCUACACGCCGAGACACCGAGAAGUAGAGAAGCAAGUUAAGCAGCAGUAGAAGUAAAAAAUAAUCAAAUGAAAACACACUCACACCGCUAAGCGUAAAAUAAAGAAAGCAAGGAAAAAAUUGUACGUACCGCCGCCGCACAAAAAUUCAUUCAGUAAAGUUCGCAUGAAUUUUUUCACUACUUUCAAAUCAUUGGAUAACCAGAAUAAACCGGCAACAUUUGUUUUUAAACCUCUUGAAAGUUUUAACGUAACGAAAAAAAAAACACCUAGAAAUUCUAUAACCAAAGAUUAACAAUUGAAAAAAAAAAAAUACUAGUGUAUCUUACAAAAAAAGUUUUGGAUUUGCCGCCGGCAGAAUUGAAAUUCAAAACAGAAAAGGCAAAUGAAAAUAAGUGAAUAUCAAUAAAAUAUAAUAAUUAUUAAAAAAAAAGUUUUAAAUAACAAAAUGUUGUGUUUCUAAGAUUCUAAGAUCUUUUUUGCUUGCCAUUAAAACAACCGCAAAAAGGGCAGAGAGAGUGCAAAUAAAAAGUUAUACACUAAUUUUAAAAUUUUGCAACUGCAAAAUUGUCCAUAACAGUUUGUGUAAGAAAAAAUAAUUAACAUUUACAAAUUAAAUGACAGUGCACAGUAAUGAGAGUGGUGUGUGUUUAGUAAUGAAUGCCGUUUCGACUCGACCAAGCGCAUCGCCCACCUCCACUCAAACACCUCUGCACCAACAGCAAGCAUUGCAAACCCAACCCACAAAUCUAAGCACCUCAGCUUCAUCAUCCAUAAGUCACAACGCCACAAAUCAUACGUCGGCGUCUUCACUGACACUUAACGCCACAGCAGUUGCCGCCGCCGCCGCUGCAGCAGCCGCUGCUGCCGUUGUUGCCGCCGUGCCGUCUUCAACCGCCUCUUUAACCACGCCCUCUGUUGCCAACGCAAUGGCCGUUACCUCAACAGUACCGCCGGGCGCGCGUUCCAUAUCACCCGCCACUCCAUACAGUACAUCGUCGUCGGUGUUGUCGUCAACGGGGCCCGGUUCGGCCGCCGCUGGUCCACCGCCGCCACCGCCCACAUCAGUAUUACCUGGUCCAUUGGCACCAGGUUCAACGGGUGCCCCACCGCCGCCACCAUUACCGGGUGCUCCGGGUUCCGCGGGUCCUGGUGCGGGUAAUCGUUGCUGUGAUACGGGUCGCACAAUAUAUACAGAUCCGGUUAGUGGUCAAACAAUAUGCUCCUGCCAAUAUGAUAUAUUAAGUUAUCAGAGAUUAGCCGCCGCUGGGGGUUUAGUUGCCGGUCCUGGAGGUGUGCCUAUGGGCGUAUAUCCCGAGGGAAUGUCGGCGUAUUUAUCGAGUAUGGGUGCUGAACAACCGCCGUUCUAUGCAAAUCCGGGUGGUCUGGAUUUAAAAGAAAAUUUGGUGGCUGGUGGAGCACCAUGGCCUUAUCCCUCCGUAUAUCAUCCAUACGAUGCAGCCUUUGGUUAUCCCUUCAAUAGUUAUGGCAUGGAUUUGAAUGGUGCCCGUCGCAAAAAUGCCACCCGUGAAACCACCUCAACACUUAAAGCCUGGCUAAAUGAGCACAAAAAGAAUCCCUAUCCCACAAAGGGUGAAAAAAUUAUGUUGGCUAUUAUCACGAAAAUGACUCUGACGCAAGUGUCGACCUGGUUUGCCAAUGCACGCAGAAGACUGAAGAAAGAAAACAAAAUGACUUGGGAGCCGCGUAAUCGAGUGGACGAUGAUGAUUGUAAUUUAGAUGAUGAUGAUCACAAGAGCACGGAUGAUAAUGAUGUAUUAGAUGCCAAAGACUCGGGAAUGGGUUCAAAUGAGGACAAAGACCAUCGCAUGCCCGGCGAGGGCAACAACAGCGAAUGGUCGGGUUCAAGGCCCGGAUCGCCUAAUGGCUCACCGGACCUAUACGAUCGUCCUGGCAUGAUGCCAGGCGGUGGUCAUCCGCUUUUCCAUCCUGCCGCUCUACACCACUUUCGGCCACCAGCUGGUUCACCACCCGACAUUGCCGCCUAUCAUCACCAUCAGCAGCUAAUACAACAACACCAACAGGCCCAACAAAACUCGUUACAUGCAGCUGGAGCGGCCAGCACAACAGCAGCUAGUCUUGCGGCCAAGCCACGUAUUUGGUCGCUGGCUGAUAUGGCCUCGAAGGAUGGCAACAAUAAGGAGGGCGGCAACAAGGAUAGUCCACCCGGUAGUGAUUUACCACCUACACAUCCUGCUUUCUAUGGUCAUCCUGGUCAACAUCCUAGUCCGGGUAAGAUUUUAUCCCCCCUGGCGGCGAGAAUACCAAAUUACUCACCUUAUGUGAGGCCAGAUUUGUAUCGAGGAUUCUAUGGGCCGGCCGCAGCGGCUGCUGCACAUUUGAGUGGUCCCUCACAAGAAUUUCUAGAACACCAAAGAACUUUUGGAGCCAGUUUGGCUGCUCAUAAUGGCCUGGGCAUGAAUCCAUUGCUGUGGAAGGCCGCCGUCACUGGAGCCGGUGGUCCCCAUUUUAACCCCCUUAGCUUAACAACUGGUCAUCCCCAUAAUUCUGCCCAUCAAGUGCCACCAUCAGGAGCCUCACCAUCUGGUUCAAGUACCACCUCCUCCAUGGGUUGUGAUGUAGUUCAGACACCACCCUCCAGCCAGCCUAGUUCACAUCACAACAUUGGACCCAUUUCCCAUAAUUCCAAUUCAUCCAGCUCCUCCUCGAAUUCCGAUAAACUGUCGCCUGGUAAACCAUGACAAUCACGUUCAGAAUCGCCAACACCCACUUCCACAACACCGAAUUCCUCCUCCAUGAUUAAUUUGGUCAAUGGGCCAAUGAAUGGUAAACCAAAUAAUAUAGCAACAACAUCGCCGCUUUCUGCGUUUCGUUCGUUGAUUGCGUUUCGUGAGCAACAUUUACAACAACAAACACCCAAACUUACAUUGAGGCCAUAAAUGAGAGAAAUUAAAAUGAAAUAAACGAAAUAAAACUAAAGAAACAAAUAUUUUGGACAAUAAUUAAAAAUGUGAUGUGCAUGAAAACAACAACAACAAUUUAUGAAAGAAAUUACAAAAACAGCCAGGCCCAAUGGUGUUUUUGAACACAGAGUUGCAUGAGAGCAAUGGAAGCCAUGAAGAAAACUGAGCUAUAUAUAACAGUCAAGGCGUGAGAGACAGUCAUCAACAAAUUGAAAAAAAAAAAAAAAAUAAGGAAAACACUUAUGCAAACAGAGCUUAUAGAGUAAUUAACAAAAGAAAUUAAAAAAAUAUAUUUUUUUUAAUUUUCUUAUUCUUGUUUUUGUUGAUUGAAGCGCAAGCAAAGACCAAUGGGAGAACAAAAAUGUAUUAAAUUGUAAAUAUAUGAAAUUAAGCCUAACCCCUGACCAGAGUUGAAGAACAAAAAAGAAAAGAAAACACAAAAAGAACAUCAGAGUAUAACCUCCCACAUCUGGCAUAAGGUCACAUAUCAAAGAGAAGGCAAUUGAUUCUAGAUAUCUAGAAUUGUAUUGAUGGGUAUUUUUUACAUAAUUCGUAGGUUGUUUUUUAUGUUUUAAGUUGAAUUUUCUUUAGUUACCAUUUCCUAUAAACGCCCACACAGUUAUACAUAGUAUAUAUUUAUACAUACACAUAUAUACAACCAAUUUGUUCCUGUAUGAUAAUUUCUAAAGUAAUCAUAAAACAAACGAAAGAAACAACAAAAGCAUAUUUUAUUUAUUUAAACAAAACAAAAAGCACAAAUUAUUUUCUAUUAUUAUACAUGUAUUUUUUAUACAUAGAGAGAGAAACCAACCCCCCCCCC